UCAGCUUUUAUCAUCCCCGAUUUCGCGUCCUUCCAAUGACGAACUAUGGCAUGCAUCCUGACUAAUCCACCGGCGGCCAUCGUUUCCCGACGCAACCCAAGCAUCCUAGUAAUGAAGCACGCAUCGACGAAGCAUAGGUAAGUCUUUUCUCGCCGAUUCUCCAAAACCCUAAUUUCACAUUCUGGCGCGAUUGGUGAGUUUUUCAGAGAGAGGUUGGUUGGGGGUUUCGAUGAUGGGUAGGAUGGUUGGGGGUUUCGAUUAUGGGUAGGAUGUACUUAUAGGCUGUUUCUUACCUCCUUUUCUCGUGUGUUUUUGUAGUUGUGGCUCGCUGUAAAGAAGGAAAGCGACAUUACUGAUUCCAAAAGGGACCACUUCGCAUUGAAUCUGUGUUUUUCGCAAGAUUGCCCCUGAAUCCGACGGUGAGUGCCUCCAAAUCCUGGGUAGAAGAGUCAUUGAUAUCUUUCUUUGUCAAAAACCCUAGAAUAGAAUAAUGGUGGAAGACUGUGCUAUUGUUUGUUUGUUAGUGAAUUAAAAUUUGUUGAUUAGGGCUAGUAAUGACUUUAUUAAUUCUUUAUCUUGUUUAGGGUUUAGAUGGCUGAUUCAUACGAGGAUCAAGGUGGCGAGAAUGAUCCAAACCAUGUAGGAUCAGAGAAUGCUAGCUUUGGUAAUGUUGCUCGUGAAGAUGAAGCUACAUCUGUGGCACGAGAUGUGUUCCAUAUUUACGAUUCUGACGAUGCAGAAACAUCUGAUGAUGAGUACCAUGAGGCUCGGGCCAAUUUACGCGCCUAUGGGGAAAUGAGAAAGAGGAAGGUGAAGGCAAGGUUAGAUGGUCAUGGGGAGGAUGUUGAAAAACUAGAUGAGUAUGAAGAAGAUGAAGACCAUGAAGAGGGCAUUGGAGAUGAUCCUGAAGAAGAUGAUCCUGAAGAACCUGAUCAGUCAGCAGUAAAUGAUGGUGCACCAGAGCAAGCAGUUGAAGAUGAUGGUGUAGUCGAAGAUAAUGGUGCACCUCCAGUUUAAGAACCUAGAAGAGAAGAGUCUCAACACUCUAGCUACAGACUGUCAGAGGAAUCUGAUCAUGUUAGGGGCAACCUUUCUGACGAGGAUGGUGGAGAGCCAUUUGGGGAUGCUCCACACUACGAUUCAGACUGUGAUCACAAGAACUUUAAGUUCAUUCCAAGGUUGAAGUUUGAAAGUCCAGAACAGUUCCAGAACGCGGUAGUCUUACAUUCUGUUGUUGCUGGUGCUAGCUUGAGAUGGGUUAGGAGCACACCAUCAAGAAAAGAGGUGAAAUGCAAGGACACAAGAUGCAUAUAUAAUUUUUUUUUUACACGUGGCAUUCCACGUGUACAUUUUGCUGAAGUGUCAAUCAUGUGGAGGUCGAUUUCCGUCCUCGUCAGCGUUCCGUCAAACGAGUUAACGGAAUCGCAGACGGUGUUAAAGUUUUUACCGUUUUUGGCUAGAUUUGUCAUACUACCCUCCGUUUUUGGGCUAUUUGUGGUUUUCGAAUAGAAAUGGCUAUAUUUG